AUGGUCCUUCUUUUCCUCUUCGUCUGCCGCUCUCAGACUGGGCCACCAACUCACAACCUCAAGGGUCAAGACCCUCUCUUUCCAGUGUUUCCAUUUGCUCUUGGAUCAAGAGACGCUUCUGGAUCAGAGUCGACUAUCCGAAGCGUUUGGACGAGCAUGUCUAACUUCUGCCCAACGGUCUUUCAAGACCCUCUCUUUCCAGUGUUCCCAAUGGCUCUUGGAUCAGAGUCGACUAUCCGAAGCGUUUGGACGGGCAUGUCCAACUUCUGCUCAACGGUCUUGGGGGACCAUAGGACAUACUAUGGACUUCUAUCAGGAGAGUAUCUUUUGACCGGGCUGCUUAACCUUUUCCACAUUGGCUCCAGACAUUGGUACAGCAACCAACGGAACUCAAAUCACGCUUUGACAAAAGCCAGAAGCCAUCUCCUCAUUCUUGCGUCAUUGACAGUGACAAUACUUGUCUGCCAAGUCGUCGCGUUUUUCUCGCCUUCUGAAUGCCUCAACCCUCACUGGGGCCGAUGCGAUGAUGAAAUCAAAAGAAACAUCAAUCUACUCCUUCGGUUGGCUCUUGCAAUAUCUCAUAUCCGUCUACAAGUGGUUGCAUCCAUCUGUGUGGUGUGUUAUGUGGCGCACAAUCCAAUAAAAGACCCACUGCUUGCCGAGUUUCCGCCGCCGAUCGAUAUAGAGGACGAAGCGACCUUUGCGUGGGCGGCAGCCAACGUGGCAGAUGGGAUUGAAGAUGACUCGUCGUCGUGUCGUUGUCAGAAGCGGCCCGGUCACCGCGGUCCCCUUCAAACCUUGCACAGCCAUCAUCGCGAGAAGACUACAAAACGCAGCAUCCAUCAUGAUGGCGCUCUUGAGCAGGUUUCCAUUUCCUCAAGGCCCGUUUGUAACGACCUACUUACUAUCUUUCCCUUCCUCUUUCACGAAUCUUUGAACAUGACAUCUGGUGGCCGGUCCACUGUUUCGAUUGCUCUCAAGAACGUCCUUAAAUCGCUGUGUGAAUGGAGGCCGUAUCUGGGCUUUGCUUUGUUCUUCGCAGUGUUCAACCUGAUAUUUGGGAUCGUUACGCUGUCGUUCCUGCAUCCGAAGAAGGAACCUCUCGUUUUCGGUCUCAUUUGCUUGGCUAUCCUAUUGGCGUUGGGCCAUUUUGCCUCAGUUUGUUUCCUCUUCCAGAGGUCCAAAAGUUAUCAAUACGCUGCUGAUCCCUCCUAUGCAGAUGUAGGAUACUCUGCGGGGAUCGCUGUUCUGUUCGCAAUUUCUGCUUUAGCACUGAUUCACGAGCUCCCGAAACGAUGCUAUUCUGGACCAAACGAAGAUUUAAAGGAGCUGGGAAAAAACAUUUGUGGCACGAUCACGGCGAUGGGGGUCUCGUCAUGCCUGGCCUUUGUGUGCAUGAUCGUUGCAGCUGUUAUGAUCUGCGUGGCUGCGCGUAAAGCCAUUGAACUUGCGAAAGCUCCACCUCCGGUUUUCCCGUCGGGUACUGAGGCAUCUAUUAUGAGAUGGCUUGAUAGAAGCGAUCCCUUCGUUUCGGUUGCUCGUAGUCAACAUCGCCAGGGUAGUUUGUAGAUACCCAUUGUCUAGUUUGGAACUUGACAUCGCGUGAAAGGGACGGUGGACGCACCACA